CGGGAGGCCUGUGAGUGGGAGGAGGUUGGCGGUGCGUUUCAGUGCAGUGAGGCGGUGCCUGCCCUGCCUGCUCCAGACUGCGGCGGGCAGAGCUGACUGCUACAGAAAUGGCGGAGGGGGAGUUGGACGUCGACUCGCUGAUUUCCAGGCUUUUGGAGGUGCGAGGAUGUCGUCCAGGGAAGAUUGUCCAGAUGACGGAGGCUGAGGUGCGAGGUCUCUGCAUCAAAUCCCGGGAGAUCUUCCUCAGUCAGCCAAUCCUGCUGGAGCUGGAGGCUCCGCUCAAAAUCUGUGGUGAUAUCCACGGACAGUACACAGACCUGCUGAGGCUCUUUGAGUAUGGCGGUUUCCCUCCAGAGGCAAACUACCUGUUCCUGGGAGACUAUGUAGACAGAGGGAAGCAGUCUCUGGAGACCAUCUGCCUGCUGCUGGCAUACAAGAUCAAAUACCCCGAAAACUUCUUCCUGCUCAGGGGCAACCACGAGUGUGCCUCCAUCAACCGCAUCUACGGCUUCUAUGAUGAGUGUAAACGCAGAUUCAACAUCAAGCUGUGGAAGACGUUCACCGACUGCUUCAACUGCUUGCCCAUCGCAGCCAUAGUGGAUGAGAAGAUCUUCUGCUGUCACGGAGGUCUUUCUCCCGACCUGCAGUCUAUGGAGCAGAUCAGACGCAUCAUGAGACCCACAGACGUGCCUGACACAGGCCUCCUGUGUGAUCUGCUGUGGUCUGACCCCGACAAGGACGUCCAGGGCUGGGGAGAAAAUGACCGCGGCGUCUCCUUCACCUUUGGAGCUGAUGUGGUCAGUAAAUUCCUCAACCGCCAUGACCUGGACCUAAUCUGCAGAGCCCACCAGGUGGUAGAAGACGGUUAUGAGUUCUUUGCCAAGCGGCAGCUGGUGACUCUGUUCUCAGCUCCCAACUACUGUGGAGAGUUCGACAACGCCGGCGGCAUGAUGAGUGUGGAUGAAACCCUGAUGUGCUCCUUCCAGAUCCUGAAGCCAUCUGAGAAGAAAGCCAAGUACCAGUACGGAGGGAUGGGCUCCGGUCGGCCCAUCACUCCUCCCCGCACAGCCCAACCUCCAAAGAAACGAUGAAGAAGGACGGAGGGAGUAAGAGACGCAGAGAACGAGAGAGGGAGAUGAAUGGCAAAGAUUGUCUCCUGUUGGCUUUUCACAACACAAAAUAAGUCAAAGCAACACUUGGCAGAGAGGGAAAACAGAUGAACACAACUAUUUUAAAAGACACACCCAAACCUGUCUUUCAUUUUCUUUCUUAUCUCCCUCUGAACUGCUGUCACACUCUCUUCUUCUUCCUCAAGGCUUUUUUUUUUCUCUGCAUCUGUGUAACAUUUUUAAAAACAAGUGUUAAAAGAAAAAAACAAUACAGGGGUGUCAUUCUGUAGCAUAUCGGAGUGUUUUUUUUUUUUUUGUUUGUUUUUUGUCUUUGUCCUUUGCCUUUUAUUUUCUUGACAACAGAAUGACAACUAGUUUAGUUUACCACAUCUCUUUACUCCCCUGCCUGUACAGACACAACAGGUAUUAAUGACGAUUGCUGGGUUUUCAAUAAAUAAUACAGGAAAUGAA